UUUCUUACCAUUCCUCUCUUUUCCAAAGCAUAAAAUUUUGGUGAAUGAGUACAAUUAUGCGAACUCUUAUUCUUGACAGCUGGGAAGAGAAUGGGCUGUACGUCAGAUAAAAUGGCGCUGACAACGAUUCCAGAGGACGAAAAGCAACUCGUCAAAAAUUCGUGGAAUAUAUUCCUAUCCAGAGGAGAUUUUUCGGAUACGGGAUCUUAUAUGUACAAAGUCCUUCUACAAGACAAUCCACAUUUAAAAUCGUUGUUUUCUUUCAUGAAUGUAAAUGGAGCUCCUUUCGACAGCCCGAUGUUUAAAAGUCAUGUUAGAAACGUUUUCACGGUAAUUGGUGACGCUGUGGACCACAUAGAUGACUUAGAUAGUUUAAGUCCUAUCCUCAAGGAACUUGGGGCAAAACAUCAAGGAUACGGUGCAAAAAAGCAACAUUUAGAGCCCGUAGGAAAUGCAUUGCUAUGUGCAAUUGAAAAACAAUUAGAAGACGACUUUACCCAGAACGUUCACCGUGCCUGGAGAACGUUUUUUGCAGUACUGAGCUACAGUUUUGCACAAGGACUAGAUCAGACCAACGGAAAGGAUGGAUAAUGCUGAAUUUUCUCAUGUUCUUGAAUCAGAUUCAUUCUAAAGAUACAUGUAUGCUGUGCAAAGACAAAGUAUCAAAAAAUCAUAAAUCAUAUCAAAAAUCAUUUGAUCGACUCAUAAUGACCAAAAGACUGAAAUAUUGCAAAAACUGUAUACGUUGUUUCUCUCCUUUAGAUGUGACUAAAGACUGUUACAGAACUUGAACGUUAGUGAGUUAUGUGAUAUCAACUUGAUUCUAUGAUCACUGUUAUUUUAGUUACAAAAAUAGCUUAGUUAAUUUAUAUACGCACUAUAUGGAGCGUGCAGGAUGUACUAUUAUGUAUUCAUAAUUAUGAUAGGGGGUUAAAGUCAUUGAAAAGUGCAUAUAUUGCAUAUAUAACUUUAUUCCCCACAAACUUUAAAAAUUUUAAUGUUGUUUUAUGCCAUCGUUUAUGUGAUUACUAAACAUAUAUGAUAUUGAUUGAUAUUGAAUUUACUUGUAUAUGUCAUGUCACCUUGUAUUGUUUUUGUCAAUCUUCCUAUAGUAAAUUUCUCUGUCUUUCUUGGACUUUCAGUGGACUUUUACGAGAAGCGCUGACUUCUACAGUUGACGGUUUACUUUGACAAACUUGUAUCAUGUACGGAAGUACGGAAUUGAUAAUGCAUCAGAAAACCUUUCUAGUGGUCAUAGGAAUGGUUUUAGAGGCACUAACAUGUGAAGACCGGGAGUUGAGGGUAGAGUGGUUGUCGUUUUCGUCAAGGACAGCUUAUAUGUGCAUUGAAAUAACCCGUUAUUUUCGUUUAAUUAAAUGUUGAGCUAAAUAUUUAUAUCAUAAAAGAGCUAACGUACAUAGCUCUAGUGUAAAAGUAAGCGUCAACUGAAAAAGUCAGCGCUCCUCGUAAAAGUCAAGAUUUUCUGAGUCUGUGAAGAAAAAAUCUCUAAACCGCUUAAAAUGAUAGGCAAACAGUUCAAGCAUAUGUGGACCGACCACGGUCAGGACACCCUAUGGGAAGGAAAGAUUGUUUCUUGGGAGGAUGGAAUAUUUAAAGUACAUAUAUAUGAAUAUAUUAUACGUUUCUUCUUUUUUUCAUUUUCCUUUUUAAUAUUCUUCUAUAACAAUAUUAUACUUUGUCAAGUGUUA